UGUGUGUGUGUGUGUGUGUGUGUGUGUGUGUGUGCUGAUGGACAGUCCCUCCCUCACACCUCACGCCCACUGGACAGUAAGAACGCGGUCGGGAAACGGAAGGAAUCGCAGUAGCAGGAAACUCGGUGGCACUUUCUGCGCUGCUGCUCUGCAUGACCACAGGGUGACGGUCGCCUCUUCAGGAAUACACACCACCAGGAAAUCAUAGUUCAAAGUGACCGGCCGGGCACGCCUUCACCUCUACUGUUGUAAUUCCAGGCUAAGGAGUUGAGGGGUGAUGGAUUGCCCUUCAGAUCUUUUCCAGCAGCAGCCGUCCCAGGUGUGCCACUUUGAUCUGUACCACAGUCCAUCAGAGUCAACCUCUACUGGCCCCCUCGUUUCUCCUCUUCUGCACCCCAACAGUGCCUCCCAGAGGUGGGGUGGAUAUCGGCAGGGACAGUGCUUAUUCUCAGAUAUGCCAACACAGGAGGAGGAACAGGAGGUGGAUGCGGACAGGUUUGGUAGAAAAUCAGCUACAGGAGGAACCCCAAUUCCGCAGUACCGAAUUGGAGAUAGGAGAAGAGGUUCUGGUGACUGGAGUCAGGACCUUCUCAGAGUGAAGCAACUUAGAGUGGACAGUUCUGUAAAAAGAGAAGCAGAAGCAGAAAGAGACGGGCAUAGAGGUAGGAGGAGUGUAGCUCAAUUGGAAAGUGCAGAGAAGAGUGCAGAGGAAAGAGGGCGGAGGAAGAAGAGCAGGGAGGGAAGACAGCGGCAACGGCGUGAGCUGAAACUCCAAUUAGAGGAAACCAGAGGGAAGCUGCUAGAGCUUCAGCGCAAAGUGUGGCAAGUAUAUGGAGAACAUCAUGUGGAAGAAGAGAAAGGCGGAGAAGGAGAUGACGGAGUGAUGGAUGAAACAGCAGAGAUGUUCUCUGAAGGAGAAACAGAUGAUCAUCUCAGCAGUGGGUUGUAUCCUCCCCUGGGUGUUAAUGAAAAAAAACAUGAAAGUACAGGGAGUCAGAAUUCUGAAUUGUUUCAUGAACCUCCUGUGGAUUUGGACCUUGACAUGGAACUUGAUGGAGGUGGAGUGUGGCUAGGUUGCAGUCUGGUACAUGGGGAGUGGGAGAAUGUAGGUGGCAGUGAAAAAUUUGCCCAGGCUCUUAAGCAGGAGCUGUCCAGUGCAGUAGCCCGAGUUAUUGACAGGGUUCUCCAUCUCUAUGCUGAAACUAACCAAACACCACCAUCCAGUGCAAUGCUAUCACAGGAGAUUCCCACUAGUAGGGCAAUAGACCCAGACAAGAAGCAUAGGCCUGGGAUGGCUGUCAAUAUGACAGAACAAGCUGAAGCACUGCCACUGGUUGCAAAGAGAGCUCAAGAGAAAAGGCACCCCCUAAUUCAAGGCAGACAAAAGAACCUCCUGAUGCCUCAGGCUAACUCCAGCUUACCCCUCUUACCCCAGCCUCAUCUUUCUGCACUCUUACCACCAAGGAGCAAAGACUCCUUCCUGCAGUCCUGCCCUCCAAAUCCUCCUCCGCUGCCCCUACCUCUUCUCCAUUACACCAUGCAACACCUCUUUACUCGUUCGCUUUCUAGUAUGCCGCUCCACAAAGACGGGCUCCACAAUGAACCCUUCAUGGACUUUCGCUCACACAACCCCUCAUUCCCUCCCCUGCCUCUGCUUGGCCAGUUAAACCCACCUCUUGGAGAUAGAGGGAGAGAUGAGGGGAUGAGAGUAGGAAUUGAUGGAGGAGAUUCAGCUCUUUAUCUUGGUCCUGGGGCAUCUCAGGAGGGCCUUUCUCCAUGUCAUCUGAAGAAAGCCAAGCUAAUGUUCUUCUACACACGCUACCCCAGCUCCAACACACUCAAGACUUACUUCCCUGAUGUCAAGUUUAACCGCUGCGUCACCUCUCAGCUCAUUAAGUGGUUUAGUAACUUCCGGGAGUUCUUCUACAUUCAGAUGGAGCGCUUUGCACGUCAGGCAGCUCGUGAGGGUCCUGUCACAGCCAGAGAGAGGGGACUGCGUCUGAGCCGAAACUCUGAGCUCUUUCGCAUUCUGAACAUGCACUACAACAAGAGCAAUGACUACCAGGUUCCGGAUAGGUUUGUGGAGGUGUCUGAAGUGGCACUACGGGAGUUCUUCACUGCUAUCCAGAGCGGACGUGAUACUGACCCCUGCUGGAAAAAAUCCAUCUACAAAAUCAUCUGCAAACUCGACAGCCCUGUGCCUGACAGCUUCCGCUUGCCAGGCUGCCCCAUGGACACACACCGCAUGGUUUAAAGAUGUUCAUGAGCAGGCUCACUCUCUCAGACACACACACACACACACACACACACACACACACACACACACACACACACACACACACACACACACACACACACACACACACACAUCCUAUUUUAAGGAUUAAUGUGGAUAAAUAGACAAACACAUUGACCAAAUGGAUUGGAGUUGGCAUAAACACCCACUCACCUAUUACCUGAUUAGAAUCAGUUCAGAUACUAUUCAAACACAUUACAUGCCAAAAGUCUGAAAGCAAAACAAGCUUUUCAAAAGUAAGCACGAUUCUACCCCCAAAGAAAUUACAGGCCAUAAUGUGUUUUUAAGGCAAAGCUUUUAGUUAAAUAUAUGCAGUGAUAUUCUACUAACUGACUAUUCAUUUGGUUUUGCAUUUGACAUUUAAAAUGGAAUUUUAUUGCAAUCAUACAGAGGUGAGCUCACAUUCAGACGCACCUGAAAAACUGAUUCAGGUAUGUUAAAUUAGGAGAAAAUUUUUAAGUUAAGUUAAGUUUUGAAUGUUAAAAUUCAACAACCAUGAAUACCAGCCUUUUUAAAAUAUAGCAUGUUAAAAUAUGAGCUCAUUAUUGCAAAGACAUUAUACAUGUUGUGUGCUUGCUUACGCACCUUUGGCCUGUAGUAUAUACAUACCUGCUAAAAUGUCACACAUACCAUUUGUAUAAUCUGAGUGAAUUCGUGGUGAUUUUUUGCCUUCCAGAUUUAAGAGACAGAAAUAAAUAUAGCAGGAAUGAUGAGAAAGUCUAUGGCCUUUUUGAAUGUAUAAACACUAAACAGGUCAUUGACAGACAUCUUGGAAUAAUUUUGGCUAUACUGUUCCAGAGUUAUAAGCAUUAUUUAAAGAUAUUUAAAAGGCUUUUUCUAUUCAACAUGCUGAAACCUUAUUUACAUGUAUUUAUCAAGAAAAUGACAAGAAAACUACCGUGGCCCUUGAUGUGGUUCAUUGUAAUUUUUUAUUCAGUUUGCUUAUUUGUCAUUAUGUUAGAAAUUAUGUGGCUAUUUCUUGACAUUGAGUGUACAAAUGUGAAUUUUGAUGUGAUCGUACUACUUGUAAUUAAAAUGUGAGACUGUCCAA